CUAAGUUUCGAUUCCCCGCCGGAGCCCGGCCCGCGGCGCGCCAUGGCCGACCCGGAGGUGUGCUGCUUCAUCACCAAGAUCCUGUGCGCCCACGGGGGCCGCAUGGCCCUGGACGCGCUGCUGCAGGAGAUCGCGCUCUCCGAGGCGCAGCUCCGCGAGGUGCUGGAGGCGGCUGGGCCCGACCGCUUCGUGCUGCUGGAGACGGGCGACAGGGCCGGGGUCACCCGGGCGGUGGUGGCCGCCACCCGCGCCCGCGUCUGCCGUCGCAAGUUCUGCCAGAGGCCCUGCGAAGACCUGCACCUCUGCAAGCUCAACCUGCUGGGCCGGUGCCACUACUCGCAGGCGGAGAGGAAUUUGUGCAAAUAUUCUCAUGAGGUUCUCUCAGAAGAGAACUUCAAGGUCCUGAAAAACCAUGAGCUCUCUGGACUGAACAAAGAGGAAUUAGCAGUGCUCCUCAUCCAAAGUGACCCUUUUUUUUUGCCUGAGAUAUGCAAAAAUUAUAAGGGAGAGGGUCGAAGAGUUAUUUGUGACAAGUAUCCACAGUGUGAAAGGCUCCACAUCUGUGAGCACUUUACCCGAGGGAAUUGUGGGUAUGCCAACUGCCUCAGGUCCCAUAACCUGAUGGAUAGAAGGGUGCUGGCGAUCAUGAGGGAGCACGGCCUGAGCCCCAGCGUGGUUCAGAACAUCCAGGACAUCUUCAACAACAAGCACAGCCGAAAGAAACACUCCGGGUACAGAGCUCCUCCCUCCUAUCGUAGAGACAAGGCAUACAGAGGUAGAAGCAAGAGCAGAGACCGAUCAUUUCAGGGUAGUACAGAAUUUCUUCCAUCUGCUCCAGCUCCUGCUCAGAAGUCCUGCUCGUCCAGUCCAGAUCCAGUGGGCCACAGGCCUCCCCUGGAUAAUGUGCCCGUCGAGGAUCUGGCCCACAAGUUUGGGCGUCUGGGAAGUCAGGAUUGCCCUCAGCCUUCCCCGGUCUCACCUAAGGCCAAUAGUCUCAGAGGAGCAGGUCAAGUGGGAGGAAGCCGGCGGUUUUCAGAGAACGGCAGUCCAGAGGAUCUCUUUUAUGGGCAUCAAGAUAGCAUUUUCUUUCCUUCUGAUUCGACGCCUGCCUCCAACCGGAAGGGCCCUGACUCCGGGCUGAAUGACAAAGGCACCAGUAGAGAGUCUGUGUUUUCCUGGAGUAAGGCCACCUCUGGCUCUGUAGGUUCUCUGCAAACACCUGAAACCAUAACCACCAGAAAGAGCACAGGCCUGCUUUCCCCAGACGGCAUGAGCGCCGAGGCCAGAGGUAGCAAUCAAAAUGCCCAGUAUUUCCCGCUUUUUAAUAAUAACGUUGAUGGAAUGGCCACGGAUGGAACUUCCGCAAGAUCUUUAAAUUACAAAACCACAACCAGAGGACAGAGAGAAAAAUCGUUACCUCGGAAUCAGGACGCGGGAACUCCUCCCGGUAAUGUCCAGACCACUGGCACAAUUAUGGGUGGUGAUGAUCCAGCAGCGGCACCUGCUAACGGCACCAGAGCUGCAGCCUAUGCAAGCCAUGGUCAGAACUCUGCCCAGACCCCAGUUAGCCCUGCCAGUGAGUUUGCAAGGACCCCAAGAUGUGCUCCAUAUUCUGCAUUUGACGUUGGUAGUACCAGCUCUUCCAGGAUGGAUGACUGUGACCCACAGGAAAUUUGUCUUGACCACCUGUGUAAGGGUUGUCAAACUGAGAACUGCAACAAAGUUCAUUUCCACCUGCCCUACCGCUGGCAGAUGUUCUUUGCAAACACCUGGAUGGACCUCCAGCCCAUGGAAAAUAUUGAGAAGGCCUAUUGUGACCCCCAAAUCCGCAUCUUUUCUAUUGGAAAUAAAAGCAUCGAUUUCCAGAAAAUGACUUGUAAUUCUAUUCCUAUCCGACGCAUCUCCACGCCUUCAUCUGUCACGACGCUGACCAAUUUUGUCUUUGCCACAAAAUGGAUUUGGUACUGGAAGAAAGAAUCAGACAUAUGGGUUCAAUAUGGGGAGGAGGCUGGUAAUCAGGAAGCUUCAAACAUCGACUCUUCCUACCUGGAGUCCUUCUUUCUAUUGUAUCCAAGGGGAAUUGUGCCAUUUCAGGCGGGUUCACGGAACUACGAGCUGAGUUUUAUAGGGAUGAUUCAGACAAAUGUAGCUUCCAAGACCCAAAAGGAUGUUGUCAGAAGGCCAACCUUUAUGUCUUACAAGGAUGUGGAGCAGAUUAAAAGCAACUAUCAGCUGAUGCAGACCCUGUCAGAGCCUUUAAUCUCAACACUACCUCCUCAGCCAGACUUUAGCUUGAAUGGAUAUGAGUUGGUAGAGAUCAAUAACCAGAAUCCGGAAUAUGUCAUGAUAAGUGAGUCUUUUAAAGCUUCCAUGAAAAAUUUCAAGAUUGAAAACAUAAAGAAGAUCAAGAACACCAAGCUCUUGAAUGCUUUUGAAAGGAAAAAAUUGAAGAUGAACAACAGAACGGAAAAAAUCCUGUUUUGUGCAACAAGACGCACCUAUGUGGAGUCUAUCUGUAAGGAUAACUUCAACUGGAUCAUACAUGGAUCUUCUGAUACCAAAUAUGGAAAAGGAAUUUACUUCACAAAGGAUGCCAUCUAUUCCCAUAAAGAUCAGCAGGAUGAUACCAAAAACAUGGUUAUGUUUGUAGCUCGAGUCCUGGUUGGAGAUUUUACUCAAGGAUAUAGGGAAAGCCUAAACCCUCCUCCACCACCGUAUGACAGCUAUGUGGAUGUAAGGUUGAAUCCUUCCAUUUUUGUCAUCUAUGAGAAAGAUCAGAUUUACCCACAAUACGUGAUUGAAUAUACUGAACCAGAGAAAGCCUGUGUGAUUAGUUAGAAAUGAUGAAUACAGUGUCAUAAAGGAGGCCAUCACCAUUCUGUUCACUUACAGAGCCAGAUUGCCCCAAUAGUACACUUUUACAUUUCUCAUUUAGUUAUCAACUGCUUUAGAUCAGUGGUUCCCAAAGUUUGCUACCCAUUUGAAUCAUGUGGGAGGCUAAGAAUUCCAGUGUUCAGAUUGCACCCUGUGCCAACUGAACCACUGUUUCCGGUAUGAGAGCUGGGCAGUGUUAAUCUUUGAAUUGCAAGGAUUCGAAUGUGUCAUAAAGUUUGGGAAUCACCGUCUUAGAUAGAACUGGGAAAAGUCGGAUUUCUAAAACAUCUUUAACUGCAACAAGUUUCUCUCCCAGCUACUUAUUCUUCGUUUACUGUAUGGCAUGGUUUUGUCUUGGGUUUAAUUGAAAGAAAAUUAAUUUGGGCAAUUUGAGAGAAAUCUAAAAAUUGCCUAUGUAAGUAAGCACAUUAGACCGUCCCACCUUGGAUAGAAGAUUAUGGAAAGCUGGGGGUGGGGGUGGGGUUUAGAAAAAUGCUGGGGGAAGGGAGAAGAAAAGAUCAUUUAAAUGCCACUACAAAAAAAGAAAACAAAACAAAAUAAAUGCCAUUACAGGUAUAACUGUACUGUACCUUCGAGAUAAGACUGAGUUGGGGCACACAUUUCUUUAUCUCUACGUUUACUUAGGGGGCUCCAUCCAGGUUGAUUGUCCAGAAUGCAAUAAAAAGAGCCGCAAAGUGUGGCUCAGAGAAAAGCGACCCACUGGAGUUAAUUGCCCAUUUGGGUUCUUUAUAUAAUUAUGGCAAAGUAGACAUGUAUAUCCUAAUAUAUGAUUAUAGAGAAGGUUUUUAGGUUCAACUUUAAUGAAAGCGUCUGUAUUUUGGGAGGUCUGAGUUGCAGUAACCAGAUUCACAGAAGCGUGACUGAUAAACCUGAGUGCUAUUGUAGUCGUUCGCUGUAGCAAAUGAGGCUCACCAAGGAAUUGGGAGCAAGCCAUCCCCACUGAAGGAUGGGCUCCUUAAGGAGUCGAGAUUUGUUUCCUGGUGAGCACGGAAUCAGAACAAAGAGAAUAAUGCCUCAAACAGGUCUUGCACCUGCAAAGGGGCUUUUUUCUAAAUAUAACGGAUUGUACAGCAUUGUAGUACAAUCAGUUUUCAAAGCAGUUGAGGUUCCUGGACCAAGAGUUCUUUCCUUAUCAUGAAGCAGGUUUUUCCUUCCAGUUUUCCUUUUCAGCAUUCACCAGUUUCCUGUUAUGGCUCCUGCCAGCAGACAUGUUAUAAAAGUUACUUAGCAUUGGAGUUGAUUUUAUAUCAGAUUGUAGAUCAGUUCAAACAUCUCCACAACCCCUUGGUUUAAAGGACUCCACCAGCAACAAAUGUAUAGAGAUUUUUUAAGGCAGAGUUAUUUUCUGGGAGGCUUGUCACAAAUAGUUACUCUCAUUCACUUUAUUUUUUUUUUUUUUAAAUGGUGGUAUGCUUUGGAGUUUUGAUUUCUUGAUCUCGGUUCUCAUGUGUUCAGAGAUGCAAUUUGUCCAACUCUGGUUGUCCAUGAGACAUCUCUAGUUGGAUAUUUCAUAGAUACCUCUAAAGCAACAUGUCCCGAAUGGAAUUCUCAAUCAGCCUCCUUCAAACGAAUCAUUUUCUCCCCUAGUAUUGUUUCCAGAAGUCAUCAUUGACUUCUUCCUCUCCUUCCCCCAAGCUUGGGGGAAGUCCAGUUUUUCAGAUAUUUCUUUGUCCCCUUCUGAGGUGUUCUUUACUUAGCAGUAAGAAUGGUCGUAUUUUAACAUUUUUUAUAUAACAAUCUUUAAAAACACAAAUCUGAUCAUGCCUUUAGAAUAAAGUUCAAAAUCAUUAUUACAGCCCCACAUGAUUUCACCCUUCCCUGCCCUCUAUUAUUUAUUUUCUUCCACCCAAGCCACUCUUGGCUAGUUUACUUGCAGUUCUUUAGUACUCCUUUUCCCUAGCUCAGUGGUUCUCAAUGAGUAAGCCUGCCUUUUUUUUUUUUUUUUUUGGACAAAUACAUUGUAACAUCUGUUUUAUUAUCCUCAAAGUGCAAUCCAAUUGUAAUAUACUCUACGUACAUAUAAUUUUGGAAGUAAAUUUAAAAUGAAUCAAAAUUAACAUGAACAUAAAAGGAAAACAAAAGGUACGUUACUUGGGCACGACCCUAUUAGAAGACCUAAUUAAGUAGUCAGAUAUUUACACCUACCUAUAAUGAGCAAAUUUACAAGAAGGUAGAUCAAACCUGAUUUUAUACAUAGUAUGGGAAAAUGAAAAAGCAGGGAUAGGAGUGGACCUUAGAAUAAAAACUAGUGAUGCAUAACUUAUUACAUAUGAUAGUACUUAUAAGAGAAAUAUCGAAAUAGCCUUAAUUGAAAUAAAGAUACUAUGCAAGAAAAUC